UGCGUGAGACAUUCACUCAGUACUGACUAACCGACCAAAGAGUCAACACGUGCGUGAGGUUAUUUCCCGUUCAAGAAUUGUUCACGUGUUGCGGUUAUCAUGGACGAGCGCGGCAGCGGAUAUUUAAAUGAAGACUCUAUGGAGAUUGCCAUUCUCAAUGAAGGCAAUGCUGAUUUCAGUCAAGCCGAAGCUGCGCCGGGACUAUUAGAAGUUCGACCAGUCAGACCGUCGUUUCUACAUGCGCUCGGCUUGAUGGCGGUUACAACGAAAGAAAUAAAGGCUAUAAGUAUUCCACUUUCUGAAUCGCGUUCUACUGACAUCGAUAAGAACGUCGGUGGCUCUCAUACUUCUGUCAGCAAGAAAUUGAAGUCCAAAUCAGCAAGUAGUACUGCAAAAAAAACUUAUUCGGUGAAAAGCGGUCAUGUUUCGAAACCUAAAAAAGACGGGAAGAAGAGGAGCCAUGCGAAGCCUACAGCUCCGACUACUGAUAAGCCGUCCACCAAGAAAGAACCUCACGGUAUGAAGAGGCACCAGCAUAAAGCGUCACCGCCAGGAACCAAAGUUUCACCUUCGGAGCGCAAAUCUACCGUCAAGGCUGCCGCGGACUUGUCAGAGUUAAGCAGUACAGCUGACGAUGUCCGCUUAUGGUCUCAUAUAUCAGAAAGCGACUUCAAGUCGAUGGAAUUUCGUACCCUAUUGAAGAAUAAUCAAUUCACUGAAGAACAAACCGAGGCUAUACAAAAAUCCUUCCAGUAUCUCUGCCGGACGUUCUGUAGCGGGCCUAUAUCGUUUGAACGUUUCAUGAAAACACAUCAGUGUAUAGAUUGUGAUUUUUCAAUCUCUCAUGAGUGCAUGGCGAUGAAUUCUACAAAGUACUGGACCUUCGAGGGUAUUGCUCCGUUUAUAGAAUCUAUUACACCCGAGUUAACAAUCAUGUGCCUUUGUGGUUUUGCCUUCUAUCAUUCUCACAAACCACAAUUGAGGUCCAAGUCUAAAUCGGUCAUGCCGAGUCCCUUGCCAAGUACCUUCCAUUGGGUACCAGAUAAUCGUACUUUCAAUUGGGAUUGUCCCAAGUGCUGCAUGAGAAUAUCCAUCACAGACCGGAAUAACCGUGUUUGUUCUGACAUGACGAGCUUAAAUAGUAUCGAUGGUCCUAUUCGUAAACAGUUCGUCAAGUAUGUCAUUUGUAACUUGGAGUAUGAACGCAAACAACACCCAGUCCUGACAGAUUUCUAUUCUUGCAGCAGUCUCUGCUGCAUGUUAUUUCAUCGUUGUGAUGAAAACGUUCUUGCUCGCAGCUUCAUGCCAAUACAAAACCAUCGACCAUUACUUUGUUGCCCUGUAAGUCCGUAAAUGCGAUCAGUUAAUCCAUCGACUGGUUUCACGUCAUGGCUUCAAUGAUCGACAUCUAAUGCUGUAACUAUAUUGUUAUCUCAGUGUACACACAAAAACACUGAGACUUCUCGUAUAUUUUAAUUUUAUACAAAUGUAAAUUAUGUAUUGAACCUAACCUUUUACAUAAUUAACGUAUUGUUCAACGACGACAAACAAUGUUAUCACGUUUCAUAGGAGUGCCAUCGACCCUCGCAAGGUCUAAGGAUUUGAAUGAUGCCUAAAACAUGCCAUAUUUCAUGCGGCCGGCGCCAUUCGAGACCGGUCGAUGUCAAUUAGGAUUAAUUUCAUGAUAUAACGAGGUCGUUUUCCUCGAAUGGCGCACCAUAGUUGAAUAGUUAAUUGCCUAUUUCCUAAUGUUUAUGAUAAGACUACUAGACCACAAUACUUCUGGGAAAAGGUUUAUUCUAGGAAUCCCCCGCAAUGUGUCAUGGCUAGUUGUACCGUUAGUUAUAAGUGUAUGUAACAAUUUUGUGGGGAAACGAGAGGCCAAAACUUAAAGUGUUCUCAAACAUUCAAUGAAUGAGUAUGGUUAGAGGGUUUGCAGUAAGUUUAGUAGGAUGUAUGAUACGAUGUUGUGACGGUUCUUGACCCCACAGAUGACAGUUGUCACUACUUCGUCAAUAUACAACACUCUACCUUAUAAGUUUUGUAUUUGUAAAUACCUUUGAUUGUUUGCAAUGUAGCUAUAGAAGUUGAGGUGUUCUAACUUUGUUCGUAACUUUUGGUUGAUCAACACAUUGUUACCAAAUCACCAU